CGGCGCUACUCUUGAACACUGAGUAACUAUGGGGCUGAAGACUUUACUGGUAGUUGUCGUGGUUUUAGUGCUUUUGUAUGAUGAAGUACUUGCUAAAUCCAAAUCCAGCCGCGUUUGGGGUAGUAGUCGUGGGAGCCAUGUCAAACCAUUUUCACGUUCCAAACCAAAGUAUCAUUAUUCAUCAAGGUCAGGAAUGUUUUCACGUCGAAGUGGGCUAUCGAAUUCUCGUAAGAAAGCAUUAUUCUUUACGGCUGGUGCUUUGGCUGGCAUAUAUAUCGGUUCAAGAAUGCGUUCAGCUGUUCAUUUAAGAUCUUACCAUGAUUUGUAUAAAUAUGAAGUAUGUGAAGGUCGACGUACAGAGUUUAUUAAUUCAACGGGGAUGACGCGUACAUACUCAUACUUCUUGUGCCCUGAUGAUCCAAAUCAACCAUUUGAAAAAUAUUGCUGUUGGGAUACAUCAACUGGUAUGGGUGUAUGCUGUUCAUACGAUGUUAAAGUCAGUUCAACUUCUGGAAGAGGAGCAGUGGUUGGUGCAUUAUUGGGGAUUUUAUUUUUGGCACUGGUAAUCGGCAUAUUCUUCUAUUGUUGUUGUCGGCGUAAACGUCAGUCAGUAGUCAUGGAACCAGUUGAUAUUCCAAAUGUACAGCCUAUUCCACCUGUAGAUCCAUUUUACAAACCGAAUCAGUAUCCUGGGAUGUAUCCAACUCAACCUAUACCUUCUUAUCCUGGUGGAUAUCCUUAUCCACCGGCUGGACAAGGUGUUGUCUACGUUCAAAACGGUACUCCCUAUCCACCUGCACAACCUGUGCCUCCAGCAGCUGGAACAACGCAGAUCGGGUCUGCUUGGGGUGGUGGUACAGAUAAUAAUAAUAAUUUAUCCAAUCAAGCUGCAAGACCAAAUUAUCCACCUCCACCGUAUCCAGGCUAUCCGUCAUCAUCAUCACCACCACCACUGCCACCGACAACAAAUGAUCCGAUGGUUAAUCCAAGUGCUCCAAGUUCUGCAUUCAUGACAAAGAGUUGA